AUGACGAAACCAACCUACCUUCCUCCUUCCGAUUCUCUGGAAUGUUAUCGGCUGCGCCUUGCUAAUCGUCGCCAACGUCAAACCCAAGUCCGACAGCUAGUUGUGAAGCACUUAGUCGGGGACGCUAGUGUGUUGUGCAAUCGUGCUCACCACAAUGAUAGCUUUGAUGAAACUGUAUACCAGUGUACCUUGUCCAAAAUCCUCAAAGAUCGGCUUAAGUAUAAACCCGUCGGCGGUGGUUCUUUUGAUGAGGCGGCUAUGAAGAAAACUUUAAUUUUACCUACCUUGAGGAGCGUUCAAGCAUCGCGGCUCUCCAACUCUAUUCUCCGUCUCCUCUAUCAAGACCUUGAUGGGUUACCACUGUCUCAGGGCUAUAGUCUUUGCGAGGGUCGUCUCGUCCGUCGAGGCGGCGAAAACCAUGCCUCCUGCUUUUCCACUUCUUUCUCCGAUCCCUCACGCAAUCCGGAUUCAAGAGAGGCCCUCUACCUUAGCACUUCCACCUUUCUCAAGGGUACACAGAGUGCCAAUCCGCAUAAUGACUACUGCCAGCACUUUGUUGACACGGGAAAACGGCCACAAAAUUUUAUUCGUGACACCGGACUGAGGAAUCGUUUUGAGGAAUAUCCAAAGUUGAGAGAGCUGAUUCGCCUCAAAGACGAGCUUAUUCAGUCGCGAGUCACGCCCCCCAUGUAUCUUCGGGUGGACCUCCGUACCUUCAAUCUGCAAGAUCUAAAUUCCGCCUUUGACGUCAUUUUGGUGGAACCACCGCUUGAUCGCUCCUGGUCGUGGCAGGAGAUUGAGGCCUUGGAAAUUGAGAAAAUCGCUGCACCUCGCUCCUUCAUUUGGAUUUGGUGUGGCAGUGGUGAAGGUCUUGAUGGAGCCAGAAAAUGCCUGAAGAAGUGGGGAUUCCGACGCUGCGAGGAUAUUUGUUGGAUAAAGACAAAUAAGACACGACCCUGCCACGAGCAACUGGAACCGGGUGCAGUGCUUCAGCGCACAAAGGAGCACUGCCUCAUGGGCAUCCACGGUACCGUGCGUCGCUCCGUCGAUGGCGAUUUUAUCCACGCUAACCUCGACAUCGAUCUCAUCAUCAGCGAGGCUAAAGCACCCGGCACCUAUGGAGACAGGGACAAACCCACCGAGAUCUUCCACAUCAUCGAGCACUUCUGUCUUGGUCGUCGUCGUCUCCAUCUCUUCGGUCGUGACAGCACUCUCAGAGCUGGCUGGUUGACUGUGGGGAGUGAGUUGUCGGCGAGCAACUUUGACGCACAGGUCUACACGAGCUACUUCACUCGCGAACCCAACGGUCACCUGGUGGGCAGUUCGGAGGAGAUCGAACGCCUACGGCCCAAGUCUCCCCCUCCGCUCUCCGCCGCCUGGCACUCGGGGGUCGCAGGCACUGCAGGGCAGCAGGCACCGCGAGCCGCUCUCUCACAGCCUAGUGUCACUCCUUCUCUUCUUGGCAAACCUACUGGCUGUCGUCUUCAGCAAGCUGUACCGCAGGCACUACCCCAUCAUCGAGCAAUGGAUGCCGUCGAACAGAACGCCCUUCUUAAUCUCCUCUCCCUCUCCGCGCAGAAUUGCCUCGCCCAUCCACUUUUGCCCUCCCUUGUGGGUCAAUCGCCACGUCCAGAGGCUGGUGUUUCGGCGGAAAACUUGGCUUCCCUCCAGACAACACUUCUAUUGCGGCAUCCAUCACAGAGCCUGCAUUUGCAGCUAGCACCAACUCCGAGCUGUCUUGGUGACGGGGACAAAUUGGCUCUGGCGAUGCAAAUGUUUGCUGCUGCCGCCUCGUCUCUGCAACCGGGUGACCUUCGUAAUCCCACUGGUCCUCCUGUCCCCUCUGCAUUCAAGUGA